AUGACUGAGGAGCGUGUCAUUACGAGGAAGCGCAAACGCGCUCCAGGUAUCACGACCACGGAGCCGCAAUCCCAGCCGCAGAUUGAGACACUGCCUCGGUCUUCACCAGGGUCUUCACCUCAACCCCUCGUUCGAGUGCUGCGUAAACGUCCUGGAAAGAUCGUACCAGAAAGGGCUAGAUCUGAGAGUCCCGACCCUAUCGCAAACUUGUACGAUGACCAUUCGCGAACGGCGUCGCCUGAACCUGUCAGUCCCCCGAUCACAGCUUUGGGCCACAUGGACUCCUCCUUUACUAUUGCGGCAACCUCAGAUUACGACGAGUUACCUUCUUCAGAGCCUGGACCUAUAGAGCACUCGUCAGACCCUUUAACCAUCGAGCAAAUGCUUCGUCGCCUGACCGGCAAAGCCAAUCUGAAUCCGACGCGGUCUCGAAAGAGCUCCAAGCGCCGACGCCUAUCUGGUCCUGGACCCCCGAGAUCACUCGAAGCUUCUAGCGCCACUCGUCGCAAAGGGAAGAAUGCGAAUUCUCGCCCUGUAGGCUUCUCUGACCGGCUACUCAUGGCGGCCGCGACAUCUGGAGUCGAGCUUGCGGACGACGCACCCUGUCUACCGGCGGAUGGGCGUAAACCCCUUCCAUUCUGUAGAGUAGCGAUAGACGAGACUGCGCGCUCCUUGAAAACACCGUUACAAGAGAAUCGGCGCUCCACGGCCAACGCCAGCAAUACACAAGCUGGCUCUUCACGCAAUAAGGUAUCAUCCAAACGCGUACCCGGACUAAAGCCCAAGCCGCUUGAGCUCGUGCCACUGCGAGAACCAUCUGUCAUUCGCAAGGCCAAGCACGGCAACAGACGCUGA